AUGGCUGCUGCUAUCAAAGAGACCGUCUCCAACCUUGUGGACAAAUUCUCGGGUCACCAGGAUGCCCCUCGUCAGCCCUCCGACGAAGAGUUCCAGCAACUACAGCAGAAGUACACCGACGCCGGACAAGGACACCUAUUUGCCUUCGUCGGCGAGCUGAAGCCCGCCGAGAAGACUCAGCUCUUCCACCAGCUGAACAACUUCAACCCCACCCGCAUCAACGAGCUGGCCGACAAGGCUCUGAACCCCGCCAAAUCCCAGGAGGGACCCGUCUCCCUCGAACCUCUGCCCGAAGUGGCCACGGCCUCGAUCCUCGACUCCGACCCCAAGGACAUUCAGAAGUGGUAUGAUGAAGGUCUGCAGCUCGUCGCAGCAAACCAGGUUGCCGUCGUCCUGAUGGCUGGUGGCCAGGGUACUCGCCUGGGAAGCUCCGCCCCCAAGGGCUGCUUCAACAUCGAGCUGCCCAGCCAGAAGUCCCUCUUCCAGAUUCAGGCGGAGCGGAUUGCCAAGCUCCAGCAGCUGGCCCAGAAGGUUUCCGGCAAGGAGGCCGUGAUCCCUUGGUACGUGAUGACCAGUGGACCUACCCGCAAGCCUACGGAGGAGUUCUUCCAGAAGAACCAGUACUUCGGCCUGAGCUCGAGCAACGUCGUCAUCUUCGAGCAGGGUGUUCUGCCCUGCAUUUCCAACGAGGGCAAGAUCUUGAUGGAAUCCAAGUCUAAGGUUGCUGUUGCCCCCGACGGAAACGGUGGAAUCUACCAGGCCCUCCUCACCUCCGGCGUGAGAGAGGACAUGCGGAAGCGGGGUAUCCAGCACAUUCACACCUACUGUGUCGACAACUGCCUGGUCAAGGUUGCCGACCCCGUGUUCCUCGGAUUUGCCGCCUCGAAGGACGUCGACAUUGCCACCAAGGUUGUCCGCAAGCGUAACGCCACCGAGUCGGUGGGAUUGAUCCUGCAGAAGAACGGCAAGCCCGACGUGGUGGAAUACUCGGAGAUCGACCAGGAGACUGCCGAGGCCAAGGACCCCAAGCAGCCCGAUGUCCUGAAGUUCCGUGCCGCCAACAUUGUCAACCACUACUACUCCUUCCGAUUCUUCGACUCGAUCGAGACCUGGGCGCACAAGCUGCCCCACCACGUUGCCCGCAAGAAGAUCCCUUGCAUCCUGGCCGAGACCGGCGAGGCUUUCAAGCCCGAGAAGCCCAACGGUGUCAAGCUGGAGCAGUUCGUCUUUGACGUCUUCCCCUUGACCCCUCUGGAGAAGUUCGCCUCCAUCGAGGUGCGCCGUGAGGACGAGUUCUCGCCCUUGAAGAACGCCAAGGGUACCGGGGAGGACGACCAGGACACCAGCAAGCGGGACAUUAUGAAGCAGGGACAACGAUGGAUCGAGCAGGCCGGUGGCAUUGUGGUCACCGAGGACGAGUCGGUUGGUGUUGAGGUGUCCCCGUUGAUCAGCUACGGCGGCGAGGGACUCGAGUUCCUGAAGGGCCGUGAAAUCAAGGCCCCGGCUGUGAUUGAGAAGGAAGAAUAA